CGCGUCUCCAUCGCUCCGCCUACUCUUCCUAUCAGGAUUUUUUCAUUGCAUCCAUUUUUGUGCAUUUAAGAAAUCUCCAAGAAUUAUAAACCUGGAGGAAAGCGAGAAAGAGAGAGUGUAGGGCAAGGACUCGAAAGAAAAACAAACAAACAAGGAAAGAGGCGACGUCUUUAUUUCAAAAUGCGAGCAAACCCAUUCUAAAGGAUGACCGCGAUGGGUUAGACAGGAUUUAACAUGAUUGCAAAAUAAAAGCAAUUGUGUGUAGCGAUGUCAGCUCCACUCGGACCCCGGGGCCCAGACGCUCCCCCGCCGGCUGGAGCCCUACCCGACCUGCCGGACCUCAGCCACCUCACCGAGGAUGAGAGGAAGAUCAUCCUGGGCGUCAUGGACCGACAGAAAAAGGAAGAUGAGAAGGAACAGUCAAUGCUAAAGAAGCUGCACCAGCAGUUUGAGAGCUACAAGGACCAGGUGAAGAAGAUGGGGGACGAUACAACCCCGCAGACGGGGACGACAGGAGAACCCCAGAAGAACCCCAACGACUCUCCUACCUGCGGGAUUUGCCACAAAACCAAAUUUGCUGACGGCUGCGGCCACCUCUGUUCAUAUUGCCAAACGAAAUUCUGUGCUCGGUGCGGAGGACGAGUGUCUCUGCGGUCAAAUAAGGAGGACAAAGUGGUUAUGUGGGUAUGCAACUUGUGCCGAAAACAACAAGAAAUCCUAACCAAGUCGGGGGCGUGGUUCUACAGCGGCGCCGCAGGGCCACGGGGCGUGUCUGAGGGCCCCAGGGGUCGACGUCACGAGGAGGCCCCCCAGGAGAAGAAGGCCAAACUGCAGCAGGAUCUCCUCUACCAGGGGCCCCUAGAGGACAUAUCAGCAGACAGAAGCAGACCUCUCGGACUCCCCAGACAAGGCCCCCUCAACAACGGCUCAGGGCUGAGGCUCUCAGGUCCAGGACAGGACAUAGACAGGAAACGAAGCCCAUCAGCAUCCAGGGAUCCAAACCAAAGAUACGACCAAAGGGAAGAGCGGGGUCAGUAUGCCCCGGGGGACGGCACCAUGCCCAGAUCACCGUCCGACUAUGGGGAUGGGGACGCUCGGCGUGGGGCCCCACGGAGGUACCGAGACGCUGAGGCAGCGCGGGGGGAGUACCGUGGUGGGCGGGGCCGCUGGCAUUCCCAGGAGGACUACCCUCUGGACCAGGACGGGCCCUACCCUCUAGACGGGCAGCCCAGUGAGUACGAGUUGCAGCGCCAGCGCCAGGAGGAGUACCAGACACGCUACCGCUCCGACCCCAACCUGGCCCGUUACCCCGUCAAGCCCCAGCCCUACGAGGAGCAGAUGAGGAUGCAUGCUGAGGUGGGCCGGGCCAGGCACGAGAGGCGCCACAGUGAUGUGUCUCUGGCCUACACGGAGCAGGACGAGCCCCAGGGACCAAUCCGCCUGUCCAGACAGCACCUGACCGAGCGCCGGCCGCCCAUGGUGGGCCAACGUUCCUACUCCAUGGACAGAAACUCCCCCACCCCUGGAGGCCACCACCGGACCUCCAACCACAGCCCCCCCACCCCACACCGCAGCCCCGUGCUGGGGGACAGGUCAGGGGACAUGAGGCGGGGGCCAGGGGAGCCAAUAGGGUUCAGGGGUCAUGAUUAUCUGGACCCCAGCUCUGCUGUCAGGAAGACCAAGAGGGAGAAGAUGGACACCAUGUUGAGGAACGACUCUCUGAGCUCUGACCAGUCUGAGUCCAUCCGGCCGCCGCCACCAAAGCCCCACAAAACCAAAAAGGGGGGUAAGAUGCGGCAGGUGUCCCUGAGCAGCUCAGAGGAGGAACUGGCCACCACGCCGGAGUACACCAGCUGUGAGGAUGUGGAGAUAGAGAGUGAGUCUGUCAGUGAGAAAGGGGACAGUCAAAGGGGGAAAAGAAAAACUAUUGAGCGGGCAUUUUUGUCCGACUCAACACACAACACCUUAUCUGAGAGGCAAAAGAAAAUGGUGCGCUUUGGGGGCCACUCAUUGGAAGAGGACGCAGAAUGGUGCGAACCCCAGGUUAAAGACUCUGGCGUUGACACGUGCAGUAGCACUACCCUAAACGAGGACAAUCAGCAUAGCCAUAGUGAGAAGCAUCCAGUGACAUGGCAGCCCUCCAAAGAUGGGGAGCGCCUAAUAGGGCGGAUUCUGCUCAACAAGCGGAUGAAGGAUGGAAGUGUACCUCGAGACUCAGGAGCACUGCUGGGACUGAAGGUGGUGGGUGGAAAGAUGACAGAAUCUGGUAGACUUUGUGCUUUCAUCACUAAAGUGAGAAAAGGAAGUCUAGCGGACACUGUUGGACACCUCAGACCAGGCGACCAGGUGCUGGAGUGGAACGGGAGGUUUUUACAAGGAGCCACAUUUAAAGAAGUUUACAAUAUCAUUCUAGAAUCAAAGCCAGAACCCCAGGUGGAACUGGUGGUCUCAAGGCCCAUAGGAGAUAUUCCUCGGAUACCAGACAGCACACAUGCACAACUGGAAUCAAGUUCGAGUUCCUUUGAGUCUCAGAAGAUGGAUCGCCCCUCUAUCUCUGUCACGUCUCCCAUGAGCCCCGGGAUGCUGCGGGACGCCCCACAGUACCUGUCAGGACAGCUCUCAAGCCAAAGCCUUAGUAGAAGAACAGCGCCUUUUGUCCCUAGGGUCCAGGUCAAACUGUGGUAUGACAAAGUGGGCAAUCAGCUAAUAGUCACCAUCCUGGGAGCCAAGGACCUGCCUUCUAGGGAAGAUGGCCGCCCCAGGAACCCUUACGUCAAAAUCUACUUCCUCCCUGACAGAAGCGACAAAAGCAAGAGGAGAACAAAAACGGUAAAGAAAUCCUUAGAGCCCAAAUGGAACCAGACCUUUAUGUAUUCUCCUGUGCACCGGCGGGAGUUCCGUGAGCGCAUGUUGGAGAUCACCCUGUGGGACCAGGCCAGGGUCAGGGAGGAGGAAAGCGAGUUCCUGGGAGAGAUACUGAUAGAGCUGGAGACAGCCCUGCUGGAUGAUGAGCCUCACUGGUACAAGCUGCAGACCCACGACGUGUCCUCCAUGCCCCUCCCACGCGCCUCGCCCAACCCCCAGCGCAGACAGCUCCACGGAGAGAGCCCCACGAGGAGGCUACCCAUACAGAACAAAGGGCCGUAUUCGUACAAUUCAGGAUCUCAGAGAAUCAGCGACAGUGAGAUCUCUGACUAUGACUGUGAAGACGGUGUUGGGGUAGUGUCAGGCUACCGGCAGAACGGCAGGGACCUCCAUAGUUCCACGUUGUCUGUCCCCGAGCAGGCGAUGUCAUCCAACCACUGCUCGCGGUCGGCAGACAUGAACCGGGCGCGGUCGCGGUCUCCCAGCGUCCCCCCUCCACAGAGCAGAAGUCUGGAUCCCGGCUAUGACAUUGACCCCGCCUCGUCUCAGUACAGCUCCUCCAGUAGAGUGGACCGGCGCAGUGUGUCCGAUGACCACCACUCACCUGACAGCCAUUUUCUCACCCUACCACGAUCCAGACGCUGUCAACCUAGUGAUGAUCAUCAGAAGGAACCCAGGAACCACGGAGCCGUUGAUAGGCAUGUGUAUCACAGCAGGUCCAGGUCAGCUGACCAGCGUCCCGCGCUAGAGCGCACCACCACCUCCCGCUCGCGGUCCACGGAGCGGCCCGACUCCGCCCUCAUGAGGUCCAUGCCGUCUUUACCCUCCGGACGCUCCGCCCCUCCCUCACCUGCCUUAACGAGGGCGAACCCCCGCAGCGGAUCGGCCCAAACCAGCCCUACCAGUACCCCCAUGUCCGACAGGAGAGGAGGUCGGCAACUACCACAGCUUCCACCCACAGGGACCAAGGGCAGAAGUGCUAUGGAUGUGGAGGAGAGGACCAGACAGAUGAAGCUGAAGGUGAACAAGUUCAAGCAGGGGGCCGGGUCCGACUCCAGACUGGAACAGGACUACAACAAGAGGAGGGAUGGUCAGCGAGGUUCAGACAACAUGUCAGCCAAGUCUUCGGACAGUGAUGUAAGCGACGUGUCCGCUGUGUCGAGAACCAGUAGUGCCUCUCGGUUCAGCAGCACGAGCUACAUGUCUGUCCAGUCAGAACGGCCGCGAGGAAAGCAGAAGAUCAGUGACUUUACAUCCAAAAUGAAAAACAGGCAGUUGGGCACGUCGUCAGGGAGUAUGAACAUGACCAAGAGCACAAGCAUCGGUGGAGACAUGUGCAACCUGGAGAAGACGGACGGCAGCCAAUCGGACACGGGCGUGGGCAUGGUAGGCGGGGACGGGGACAAGAAGAGACGCUCCAGUAUUGGUGCCAAAAUGGCAGCAGUGGUUGGCCUCUCGCGGAAAAGCAGAAGUACCUCUCAGCUCAGCCAAACAGCCGGUGGGAAGAAGCUUCGUAGCACCGUACAGCGGAGCACAGAGACGGGCUUGGCCGUAGAGAUGAGGAGCAGGAUGACUCGGCAGGCCAGCAGAGAGUCCACCGACGGCAGCAUGAACAGCUACAGCUCCGAGGGAAACCUGAUCUUCCCUGGUGUGAGGCUGUCCUCCGACGCCCAGUUCUCUGACUUCCUGGAUGGACUAGGCCCAGCCCAGCUGGUUGGACGACAGACGCUAGCUACACCACCCAUGGGUGACAUCCAGAUUGGAAUCGUGGACAAGAAAGGAGCGCUGGAGGUGGAAGUGAUCCGAGCCCGUGGCCUUGUGGGAAAACCAGGUUCCAAGGCACUGCCAGCACCGUAUGUAAAAGUGUAUCUUUUGGAAAACGGAGCCUGCAUAGCCAAAAAGAAAACAAAAGUAGCAAGAAAAACCUUGGAUCCCCUUUACCAGCAGCAACUGCCGUUCGAAGAGGCUCCUGGAGGGAAAGUUCUACAGAUCAUCGUAUGGGGAGACUACGGACGCAUGGACCAUAAAUCCUUUAUGGGAGCGGUUCAGAUACUUUUAGAUGAGCUGGACCUGUCUAACAUGGUGAUUGGCUGGUUCAAGCUCUUUCCUCCUUCCUCAUUGGUGGACCCUACCCUGGCCCCCUUGACAAGAAGAGCUUCCCAAACGUCAUUGGAUAGCCGGUCAUAGCAGUGUGUGGACUGAUAGCAUUGUUGUAGCAGCAGCACCCAGUGUUGAGGUUAAACAUGCUGCGACAGACAGGUCACGCCCCCUGGUUACACUGCAUGCUUGAUGUUGUGUCUUCUGAGCCUGUUUCUAGGGGUGCAAACGUGAUCCUGUGUUUUGAGCAAAAUGUCGCACACAUUGUGCGUAGCGCGCGUCGCUCCUUCGGCCGGGUCGGAGCGCCAGCUCAGAUUGGAAGGCCGUAACGGACUCCUUAGCACGAGGAAUUGUCUCUAAAUCGAGCGAUUCCAGGUUUUCAUCUAAUCUUAAGCCAUGGGGGUUGGAACUGGGAACCCGCUCGAUGAGUUCUACAGAAGCCCUUUUCGAAUGAAAAAUACAUGUUUUUGUUUAUAAUUAAUUUUUUGGGUUUUUUGUUUGUUUUAUUGUCGAUGUACUUGUAUACCUGAAGGGGUGACUGACAGUGUUGUCCUGUCCAGAAGCUUGGUCACGCCAAGCCAACAGACCUAGCUAGAUGUUUAAAUGGAGCUAUGAGGAUCAUUGCAAUUGGAGAGGUGGGGUGUCCCAACUAAAGCUCAAACUCCGAAUAUGAGGCCCUAGUCAUAAUACCUAUAGGUAGUAGAUCACACCAGAGAGACAAUACUAAAGUUACUAAAGGCAAUACAGAAGUGGCUACUGUACUAUCGACACUCCAGAAUCUAUUGAUCAGAACCCACAACAAGACUAACUUUUAUGACCUAACAUUAUUAUUUCUCUGUUGAUAUAUUGUAUGACAUUUAAAUGAAGAUUAAAAAAAAAAAAAAGAGUUUUUUUUUGCAUGGACAAAAAUUUAGCUGAAAAAAAAAUGAAAAUUAUUUUCUUGAGGCUGCGACUUGCAAAAAAAGAGAAGAAAAACAAAUAAAACAGAUCAGCCAUUUUCAACAAUUUAUAUUAUUUUUAAAUAUAAAUUUCACUAGUGCAUGGUUUUCAAAGGGGAGUGAAUGCAACAGCGUGAUAAAAAAAGACACAUUGUUUAUCAUUCUUUAGACCAUCCAUAACAUAAGUCUGUGUUUGGCAGACAUACAGUAAGAGAAAGUAAAAUAAAAACUUUUGGCGUUAUUUAACAAAAAAAACUGUUUAUGUGACAAAGUGAUGAUGAAAAUAAAUGUAAAUUAUUUAUUUCAUUGUAAAGGUUUACAAGCCUUAUAAAGAUAAACAUUAUGUGCAAAUUGUACACGUCUCUUUUUCUCCCUUGUCCCAGGGCAUCCCCCUGAUAUUGUCCAGAGUUUCAGGACUGUUGGUUCUUUUACAGUUCUGUAUCGUUUCAAUAUGUCUUUUUUGGGGAUUUGUUUAACAAGCAUGUUGAAAAGGAUUUUCUGCAACAUGGCUGGGACACACCUUAAAGUUACUCAGCAUGUUUUGAUAAAGAGGAUAUUUGGGAUUUUUGCAGUUUCUUGUACAGUGCAUGUCAACUUCGUUACUUUUCCCCCUCACCUUCAAUUGAAUUCUACACCAAAUGAAUUAGUUACUUUCAUGGCCAAACUGUUAAAACGUUUUAACAAAACAUUCCACUAACCCCUAGAUCAUAUUUUAUUUCCACUUUUUAAAAAAGAAUGACAAGGAAAAAUAUUUUAUAUUCAUUGGAGGUUGACAAAAAAGUUAUGGUUGCGAGUGUAUUUUAUUUCAGUAUUGUUAACUAACAUGCAAAAAUAAUCUGUAUUGGUACAGCAAGAAGGAUAUUUAUAUCCAAGCAAGAAGCGGCAAACAUACAACUUAUGUACUGUAUAUUGCUGUGUAGUUCAGGCACUGUUUGUGAGAAUGAGCAAAACACAAGGUCAAACAACAUGGGAUAUUGCCACACAAUAUGAAUUUUGUUUUUUUGUUUUUGUGAAAAUAAAAUUAAUUUCAUAUAUUUUUAUUAGUUUAUUUAUAAGCCAAGACCAGUUUAUUUUUUAUUUUUAGUAAUUAUAAAUGCUUCUUGUGUAUGGGAGGUAUAUGAAUCUUACAGUUAUGUCUGAAUGAAAAUAAACUGAGACGUUAUUCCUUUUCCAUGUUAAACCAAUACAUUCUAAUGUCCAUCUAAUAUCUUGUUGCUAUAACAAGCUAUAUACUUUCAUUUUUGAUUUACAUUGUACAUAUUAGAAAUUUGAAUAAAACAAGCAAACACAAAUAGAUGAAUACAAUAUUUUGGAAUAGGAAUAAUGUCUCACAUGAUGACAAAGACAUAUGUUAUUUACCCUUUUGAAUGCCUUUUCUUUCUUUUGUUUUGGUGCAAUGUGUUUAUGCCAAGGCUAUGUCUUGGUGAAGUAUGGUUGAGUACAGAGAUUUAUGUAAGUUAUUUUUCAAAUAAAAAAUGGAUAUUACACUGAAA